AUGUCGCUCGACCCUCCUCCGUACCUCGCUUGGCUGCAAAACAACAUCCGCCAACGACCAAUUCCUUGGGAUGGCGCAGUCAGAGUAGGUACCAUUACCGACGCCCAAUUAGCUAAGAUCAGGGCGGUCGACAAGGUCAAAAAGGAGCAGAGGAUCCGGGUGGUCGAGGGCGACCUCGACGGUUACCGAAUACUGUUUCUGGGAGAACCGGGCACGCCGGGUGUUCUCGAGUCCGCGAGCAAGCACCCCGACGUCUUGCAGUACAACCUGGUCUUGCUGAAUGACCUGCUCGAAGGCGUUCCGACUCUGGCGAAGGCGCUCUUCAAGGACUCGGACCCGUAUCAACAUAUCCUACCGCUACUUGCGCAUUCGACCAACACCGAAGAUUCCACCACCCUGCUAGCCUCCACCGUGCUCGCUACGCUCACAGCCAAUUCGAAAGACGAGUCGCGGUCGACGGCCCGUGCCCUGCCCUUAGUCCUGAGCUACCUUUCCAGUUUGGUAAACAACUCGAGCGACGCGGGCGUGCAAGAUACCGCCAUAGUAGAGUAUUCCUCCCUCCUUUACGGCCGAUCUUCUCGACAGCUGUUCUGGAAGCAGCGAAGCGAGACAGUCACACCCCUAAUCGAUAUCCUACGAAAAGCCGCAGGUGUCGGCAGCGAAUCCUCUGCUAUUCUCUGGAGCGGGAACACUACGACGAGGAGCGGAGGCUUCGAGGGCUUAAGCGGAGGGGUCGGAUUGCAACUCCUGUACCACGUCCUCCUGGUUCUCUGGCAGCUAAGCUUCGAAGCGGAAGACAUCGGCGACGAACUGAAUGACGAAUACGAUAUCGUUCUUUUAUACACGCAGCUACUGCGGCUUUCGCCAAAGGAGAAGACCACGCGCCUGAUCUUAUCGACGUUGUACAACCUCCUCGAAGCCAACCCCACUACACUGCUCCCCAUAGCUGUCUUGGCCAGACUCCCCGCGUUGCUUCAGAAUGUCGGCGGACGCCGCGUGACCGACCCGGAUUUGCAAGAGGACCUGGGGAAUCUCACGGAGAUGCUCGAAGAAUACCAGAAGAACAAGACUACGUUCGACGAAUACGUCGCCGAGGUGCAAUCGGGACACCUGAGGUGGUCACCGCCCCACCGCCACGCCGUCUUCUGGGCUGAGAAUGCGCGAAAGAUCCUCGAAUACGAGAAUGGCGAGAUUGCGCGGAAGUUGGUGGAGAUUAUGCGGAAGCCGUGGGAGAGCGACAAGGCGGUGCUAGCCGUCGCCUGCAAUGACGUAGGCAACCUCGUGAAGGAGGUGCCAGAGAAGAGAUACCAACUGGAGAAGCUCGGCCUCAAGACACGCAUCAUGGAGCUCAUGGGAGACCCCGACGAGAACGUGCGAUGGGAGAGUUUACGGGCCCUCGGUGGCUGGCUGAAGUAUAGCUUCGAGAACUAA